GUUACGGAGGAGCCGCUUUCAAUUCGCCCAUCCUACUUUUACCAAAAGCUAAUGGGGGCCAGCUCGAUCGGAUGAGAUUCCGAGCUCGGCUGCGUGGCACAAUAAUUCCACAAUGUUAGCUUUGAGGCAACUUUAUGCAGAUACAAUAAAAAGGAGCCCUUGUUUUUCCCGUUUGUUGGUUCCCACGCUGUUACAGUCAUCAGUGAUCAUCUCUUGCAUGCACCCAUGGGGAACAUCUCAAGACUCAAACCUAUUCUGCUCGUCUUCUUACUCUUCCUUCUCUCUCACAUUUCAAUCACUACUUCUACUCCUCGUUACAUUCCUGUUGUUAAUAUUGCCCUCAAUUGCGGCUCUGAUGGCAACUUAACGGAUGAGUAUGGGCGCUACUGGAUUGGAGACAAGGAGCCCUCCAAAUUCGCUCCAACAGAAGAACAUAGCCAGAAAUCUAAUACCUCUGACGCCCCAAAUAGCCCAGACCUUGGCGAUCCUGUCCCCUACGAGACUGCCCGUUUAUCCUAUUCCCAAUUCACCUACGUAUUUCCUGUCACCCCAGGUCCUAUAUUUGUCCGUUUGUACUUUUACGCAGUUUCAUACUCUGGUUUUGAUCGAUCUCUAGCCUUUUUUACCGUCAAAGCAAAUACCAAGUUCACCUUCCUUAGAAACUUCAGUGCUUCAAUUCAUGCUGAUUUGGGGGACUCGAGACAUCUUUCUAAAGAGUUCUGCAUCAUCAUUGAAGAGGAUCAAAAAUUGAAUUUGACAUUCAUUCCAACGCCAAGUACUGCUUCUAGCAGAUUCUUUGCUUUUGUUAAUGGAAUUGAGAUCGUCUCUAUGCCAAAGUACCUCUACUAUAGCGAUCCAGAAAAGACAAGCCCACCUUACGUUGGCCAAACUUUUCGGUUCGCUAUAGACAACAACAAGGCACUCGAGAUGAUUCAUCGACUCAAUAUAGGUGGGAGCUCGAUAUCGCCAAUGGGAGACACUGGCAUGUUUAGAGAAUGGUCCGACAACAAGUACUUGUUAAGUGGAGGCGUGAUCCCCCGUCAGCCUAAUUUGGCACUUAAAUACUCGGCAAUACCAAAUUACACUGCCCCUGAUGACGUUUAUCGGUCUGCAAUCACGAUGGGUCCAAACACAACUUGGAAUUUGCAUUCUAAUUUGACAUGGGGUUUACCUGUAGAUCCGGGAUUCAAUUAUCUGGUCAGGCUUCAUUUCUGCGAAAUCGAGCCCAAUAUAACGAUGGCUGGUGAAAGGCCAUUCAUUAUCUAUAUAGACAACAAGACAGCCGAAGGUAACGCUGAUGUAAUUAUGUGGAGCGGAGGAAGGGAUACGCCUGUGUUUCAGGAUUAUAUAGUGAUGAUCCAAAAGAUGGGAGAUGAUCAGGAUACGAGUACACUCUUUAUUGAUCUACACCCAGGAAAAGCUACCAAUGCAAUCUACGAUGCCAUUUUAAAUGGGGUAGAAGUGUUCAAACUGAGCGACAACAAUAACAACCUAGCCGGACCCAAUCCUCCCAGUACUUUGCUGCCCCCUCCACCUCCGGCUCAACAACCUGGUUCGACAUCCAAGUCAAGGAAAACAAGAUUCAUUGCCAUUGGAACCGGUGUAGGCUUAUUCUUGGCCUUGCUCACUCUAGCGUGUUGCUUGGUUGUUUGGAAACUGCGGACAUCUAAGCGUUAUAGUUCUUACUAUCCAGUAUCGAAAUGCUGGUUCUGGUCUGACCAAAACAAAGGAAAGUCAAUGAGGACAAAAGCCUCAUCACUGCCCGAAGAUUUAUGCCGCCAAUUCUCACUUGAAGAAAUCAAAACAGCAACCCACAACUUCGAUGAAGAAUUAGUUAUAGGCGUCGGUGGCUUUGGAAAGGUAUAUAAGGGUUUCAUUGACGAUGGCACUAUGGUUGUGGCGAUCAAGCGUUUGAACCCAGAGUCAAGGCAAGGGCCCAAAGAGUUUUGGAAGGAGAUUGAGAUGCUCUCCCAACUUCGCCAUGUCCACCUCGUCUCUCUCAUUGGAUACUCCAACGACGAGAGGGAGCUGGUCCUUGUCUACGACUACAUGUCCAAUGGGACACUACGGGAACACCUCUAUGACACAAACAAGGAUUCCCUCCCGUGGAUACGAAGGCUUGAAAUUUGCAUCGGAGCUGCAUGCGGUCUGAACUACCUGCACACAGGAGUGAAGCACCCCAUCAUCCACCGUGACGUGAAGACGACCAACAUUUUAUUGGACGAAAAUUGUGUGGCCAAGGUUUCGGAUUUCGGGUUGUCCAAAGAAGGUCAGGAUGACAAGGCGGUUAGUACCUUGGUAAAGGGCACGUUCGGGUAUUUGGAUCCGGAUUACGCCAGGCGUCGACAACUGACAGAAAAAUCAGACGUGUACUCAUUUGGCGUAGUGCUCUUUGAGGUAUUAUGUGCCCGAAAAGCACUGAAUCCAAAACUGGAAGAGGAGCAAUGGAAUCUGGCCAACUGGGCCCGAAAAUGCAUUGAAAAGGGGACCAUGGGUGAGAUUAUAGAUUCGAAUCUGAUGGGCAAGAUAGCUCCAGAAUGUUUUAAGGUGUACGUAGAUAUCGCAGAGAGUUGCGUGCGUGAUCAGGGGAGCCAACGGCCCACCAUGAACGAUGUUAUGGAUAAACUUAGUUUUGCAUUGCAAUUGCAGAAAGAAGCAGACGCUACGAAGGAGAAAGUCAAUCCAGACGGCAAGGAAACCUAUAGAGAGGUAUUAUCAUUCCAUGUUUCUGAUACCACUGAAACUCGCCGAUACAAUAACAUUUUCAGCGGGCAGGGGUCGGAAUUGGAUAGUGGAACCUGGUUGACUUCAAAUAAUACUGGGAUGACCUACCCUAGUCUUGAUUCUGAUAUUGGGAAGUGUGAAGAUGUGUUUACUGACACAAGCAACGUCUCCAAAGGUUAAAAGUGGUCAUUUUCUAUGUUUUCCCAGCGUACGUGUGGGGUAGUACUUGUUUUAUAAAAAGAUAGAUAAGGUUGGAAAAGUGAAUAAUAAAGUAAGAUAGAGAAGGAAGAAAGGACAUGCGCGUCUGAUUCAAGUCGUUUGCUAUCAAUACUUCUGCUUUCCUCGGUCCAUGUUCAAUUGUGUGUGGAACUUUAUUAGUCUGUGCAAUUAUUAUUGUUCUCAUAUAAUUAUCAUCAUGUUAAUGGAGUAAAAAUGCACAGGGUUACUGCCCGAAAUUUCGAUGUACGUAGUAUUGGUAUGGUAACCUGUCUAGUUGCUUAUAUAUUGGGUUUUAGACAAAAAUUUCUUCAUCUUUAA